AUGCGAGCCUCGCUCACAAUUCCACGUAUCUUGUUCAUCUUCUCUGCUGCACUCGUGCGAAGGUGUGGUCCUGACGGAGUGAUGACAGAGAUCGUAGCGGAAAGAACCGCGAAUCUCACUGAAAUCAUGGUGGAAAGACGCGCGAAUCUCAUCGAUUCGUCGGAUGGCACGACGGAGAGCUCGACGGAUCUCAUGGUUCUGGUCUGGCGGAAGUGGGUCUCGUUCAAGGCUCCGUUGAUGUCGACGAUCGCCGACGGUGCUACUCAAGGGCUGGUUGUAUUGUUGGUUUGGUGGCUGUGUAUUGGUGGUGGUAUCUCGGAUGGUGGUAGUGGUGGUGGAGGCCACGGUGGUGAUAUGAUUAAUUGGGAAAUCAGGCUCCUUUGCUCAAAUCAGAUUAAUUUUCAUCGAAAGUUCCAAAUUUUCAAUUUUCCACAUAUGGAUCCCGAUUGGGCAAGGUUGCCAAAGCAUUUAUUGGACAUAGUUUUAGAGAAAUUGGAGUUAUCAUUAGAUUAUUUGCAAUUUGGUGUUGUUUGUCUUCAAUGGCAUUCCAUAUUGAAGGAUAGUCAAAUUAAACGGAGUAAAACAUUGCAAUAUCAUCAUAUUCCAAUGCUUCUAAUUCCCAGCGAAGAACAAACAUGGAGCAUAUACAAUACACUGGACAACAAAUUCUUGGGCACAAAACUUUUUGUACCAUAUAACAAGCGUUUUUCUGGCUCUUCACAAGGAUGGUUGGUGGCUGUAAAUAAGGAUUGGACGGUAACGCUUUACAAACCUUAUUCUAUGGUUAAAGGAGGAAACAACAUAGAUACUAAUAUUCUUCUUCCAUGCCUGUUUCCUCCUGAUUUAGAACACUUUUUUGAUCCAGAUGGUAUAAUAGAUUAUGCUGAAGUCUAUGAUUACCAUAUUGAGAAAGCUUUACUUACAGCUGAUCCGCUAACAAAUCCAAAUGAAUGCAUGAUUGUGGUGAUAUUUGGCGAAAUGCAGGAGUUAGCUAUUUUUAGAAUCGCCAAAGAUACAACAUGGACUAAAAUUAAUGGUUAUGAUCAUGACAACAAGCAAAUUAUGUUAGAGAUAAAAGAUAUCUGUCACCAUAAUAAUCAAAUUUAUGCUGUAGAUGUUCAUGGUGUACUUAGAUCUUUUGAUGUUACAAAUCCAUGCAAUCCCACUGUAAAUUUGGUUGCACCUAGGAGAGCAUCUGAUCACUCCUCUGUCAAGAGAUAUCUUGUGGAGUCCUAUGGAGGAAAGCUUUUACAGGUCGAAAGGCGUUUAAGUUGGCGUAACCAAGACGAUGGUCGUGAGACAAAGAAGUUUAGAGUUUUCAGAUUAGAUUUUGGUAGAGCAAAAUGGAUUAAGAUAAAAAGCCUUGGUGAUGUAUCUUUGUUUUUGGGUGAUAAUUCUUCAAUAUCUGUCUUGGCUUCUAAUUUUAUCGGUUGCGAACCAGAUAGUAUAUAUUUUACUCACGACAUAGAUGAUACCGAUGUACUGGGACAAAAUGUCAUGAUUUGUGAUGUGGGUAAUUACCAUGUCAAGAGCAGGACCUUUAAAUUACACUACAAUAUAGAUUCAAAAGUUCUUAUGAAAAUGAAUAAACGACCUCCAAUUUGGGUUGUGCCCACACUUAAUACAUAUUAG